GUAGAAGAUUAGAGCAUGCGAGGGUGAUAGAGAGAGUAUGUUUCAGUGAGUGAGGGUGAGACAAGGUAGAGAGUGUGAGUGUGAGAGUCAGAAUGGGGAACACAGACAGCAAACUGAAUUUUAGGAAAGCUGUCAUUCAACUGACCACAAAAACACAGCCAAUUGAAGCUAACGAUGAGGCAUUCUGGGAGCAGUUUUGGUCAGACAGUGUCACUACAGUUCAGGAUGUUUUCACUCUCAUCCCGGCCGCUGAGAUCCGAGCCCUACGUGAAGAAUCUCCUUCUAACUUGGCCACCCUUUGCUACAAAGCUGUGGAAAAGUUAGUUGUUGCCGCAGACUGUGGAUGCCCUUCACAGAAAGACCAACAAACAGUGUUAAACUGUGUACGCCUGUUGUCUCGGAUUUUACCCUAUAUCUUUGAAGACCCUGACUGGCGUGGCUUCUUCUGGUCCACAUUACCCGGUCAAGUGGACGAGCAUGACAAUCCACCAUUGGCUCAGUCUCUACUUAAUGCAAUUGCAGAUUUGCUGUUUUGCCCCGACUUUACUGUAGCCUCAAGCAGAAAAUCAGGACCAGACAACCCAGAGGACAUGCACAGCAUCGACAGUUGUGAGUACAUAUGGGAGAAGGGCGUUGGCUUUGCCCACUCCCCACCACACAAUAUUACACAUGACCAGAGCAGAACUGAACUCCUGAAGCUGCUUCUCACAUGCUUCUCAGAAACCAUGUACUUACCACCAAUAGCUGAUGCUCACAACCAGCCAAAUCAAUGGAUACAGUAUUUUACCUCUACAGAGAAUCGGCAUGCUCUGCCGCUUUUCACCUCCAUGUUAAAUGUAGUCUGUGCCUACGACCCUGUUGGGUAUGGAGUGCCCUACAACCAUCUGAUGUUCACUGAUUCUCGUGAACCACUUGUUGAGAUGGCCCUCCAGGUCCUCUGUGUCACCUUGGAGAAUGAUUCUGACCCCAACAGGAAUGUAUCAGUGGAUGGUACCAGUGCUGGGAGUACCGCCAUGGAACAAAACACUGAUGUUGGUGGUCCUGAUAACCUAUUUCUCAACUAUUUGUCUCGCAUUCACAGAGAAGAGGAUUUCUCUUUCAUCCUGAAGGGCCUCACUCGGCUACUGAACAACCCCCUAAUGCAGACCUACUUGCCUGGUUCCUGUAAGAAGGUCCACUUCUACCAAGAAAUGUUGGUACUGUUUUGGAAAAUGUGUGACAUCAAUAAGAAAUUCAUGUUCUAUGUGUUGAAGAGUAGUGAUGUUCUUGAUGUUCUCGUACCUAUUCUAUAUUUUCUCAAUGAUGCUAGAGCUGACCAAUCUCGUGUUGGUCUCAUGCACAUCGGCGUCUUCAUCCUGCUGUUGCUCAGUGGUGAGCGCAACUUUGGUGUCCGACUCAAUAAACCGUACUCUGUCCGAGUACCGAUGGACAUUCCUGUAUUCACUGGUACUCAUGCUGACUUCCUCAUCAUUGUUUUCCACAAGAUCAUCACCACAGGUCAUCAACGUCUACAACCUCUCUUUGAUUGCUUACUCACAAUUAUUGUCAAUGUGUCCCCUUAUCUAAAGACCUUGUCAAUGGUAGCCAGCACCAAGUUAUUACAUCUCCUACAAGCAUUUAGUACUCCAUGGUUUCUCUAUGCCAGUCCAACAAACCAUCAUCUUGUGUUCUUCUUGUUAGAAGUUUUCAACAAUAUCAUCCAAUAUCAGUUUGAUGGUAACUCCAAUCUUGUUUACACCAUCAUUCGUAAACGCAACGUGUUCCAUCUUCUGGCCAACCUGCCCACUGAGCACUCGGCAAUCGCACGGGCCCUCAGCAAGAGGGGAAAGAAGCUCUCGCACCCGCCUAGCGAGUCUAAGGAGCCAGAGACAAUGGAAGGGGCUACACCAGCUGCCGAAGCUGAACCAGGGACACUGAAAGUCUCCCUUGCUGCCACCCCACGUCUUGACAAUAUGACUGAGAAAUCUGCCCCUGAUGAGGGCCAUCACCAACCCACUCUCAAAGACCUGGCCAGCGGGGCUGCCACGAUGCACAACGUUCAGCCGGCGAACAACAUUCAGAAUCCCACUGAAGAAGACGAGGAAGAAGAGGAGGAGGAGGCGGAAGAGGUGGAAGGUCGUGAGCAGGUGGCAGAGAGGAGAGACGUGGAGAGUGAGGACGAGGAGGAGGAGGAUGCAGAAGAGGAGGACAUGGGAAUCGCCAGCCUCGGAAUUGCUUCCGAUGGCUCGACUUUGAACAAACCCAGCAUGUUUCCUUGCUCCCUCUCUCCAGAAAGUCUGACCUCUGCUGGUGGUGAUGGUGUUGGCGUCGGUAGGGGAGGGCUCUCAAGUAGCAGUCCUCCUCCUCCUCCACCUCACUUACUGAGGACCGGGUCGUCAAUGGGUUCAGCUGCUCCAUGGGUGGCCACACCCGACUGGGUGUCCAGCUGGAAACAGAAGCUACCCUUGCAGACCAUUAUGCGCAUGCUGCAAGUACUCGUACCCCAGGUGGAGAAGAUUUGCAUCGACAAGGGCCUGAAGGAUGAGAGUGAGAUCUUGAAGUUUCUCCAACAUGGUACCCUAGUCGGUUUGCUACCCGUGCCACACCCAAUUCUCAUCCGAAAGUACCAAGCAAACAGUGGAACGACAAUGUGGUUCCGAACUUACUUGUGGGGUGUGAUCUAUCUCAGUCAAUUGACUGCGGCCAUGCUGGAGCACCACCUUUAGUUGAACAAAUCA